GUAUCCGUCAGGCUCAUUGGCAACAAAACCCGAAAUUCUAUAUAAGGCCGCACCCCCUCUUUCACCCCGCCACUUUUAAGUUUUAAGCUUGACAAUUUCGCCACUCCUCACAAUGCCAGCUACUCUUUCUAACUCCACCAAGACCUACUCUUUGAACAACGGCGCCGUCAUCCCAGCCAUCGGUUUGGGGACUUGGAGGGCCACCAACGAAGGUGAUGCCCAGAGAGCCGUUGCCGCAGCCAUCGUUGCCGGUUAUAGACACAUUGACGCUGCCUGGGCCUACGGUAACGAAAAGGAAGUCGGUGUCGGUAUCAAGGAAGGUUUGGCCGCCACUGGUUUGGAAAGAAAAGAUAUCUUUGUCACGACAAAGUUGUGGGGUACCUUCCAUCACGACCCAGAAGCUGCCUUGGACAUCUCCUUGGAAAGAUUAGGUCUUGACUACGUCGACCAGUACAUGAUGCAUUGGCCCGUCGCCUUGAACCCUAACGGUAAGGGUGCCGAGACUGGUUUCCCAGUGUUGCCAUCUGGUAAGAGAGACAUCUUGUUGGACUGGUCUUUCGUCAAGUCUUACGAAAACUUGCAGAAGACUGUUGUAUCUGGUAAGGCCAAAGCCAUUGGAGUCUCCAACUUUUCGAUAAAGAAUUUGAAGACCUUGUUGGCUGCUGAAACCACCAAGAUCAAGCCAAUCUGUAACCAGGUCGAAGCCCAUCCAUACUUGCCGCAGCCAAAAUUGUUGGCUUACUGUAAGUCCGAGGAUAUCUUGAUCACUGCCUAUUCCCCAUUGGGUUCCAUCGACUCCCCGUUGCUCCAGGACGAAACCGUUGUUGCUAUUGCCAAAAAGAACGGCGUCUCUGUCGCCCAAGUCUUGAUCUCCUGGGCCUUAUGGAGAGGUACCGCUGUCUUGCCAAAGUCCGUCUCUGCUGCCAGAAUCGCAUCCAACCUACAGGUCUUUGAGUUGUCUAACGAAGACGGCGAAGCCUUGAACCAGAUCUCUGUUACCAAGGGUUCCCAGAGAUUGAUUUCACCAGACUGGUCUCCAGUUGUCAUUUUCGAAGACGAAGAUUAAUUUCGCUUUCGGUCGGUUCCAUAGAAAAUGUUUGCAAAUCGCUAUUUAGCAAUAAGCGGUAUAUUAUCAUAGUUUAUUCCAUAUCGAUCUGCGUUGAAACCUGUUCCUGUACACAUUUAAUGUCACAGGACCGUUUGAUGUCUGAAGAAUUCCGUAGUGCCUCAAAAGAACAUCAAAUAAUGUCUUGGGGGUGCUUUCAGCGUAAUCGAAAGUUAUAUUACUGGAAGAUCCAAUUGUAUAUAAAAGGGAAUAUGGUGCUCUUAC